AUGGCGUCUUUAGUAGCCGUUCUGCAGGAGAGUCGGCCUCGUCGGUCGGCGCCAUGGCGGGUUGAAGCGAAUCCUAUGCAAGGCAUCUGGAGCAAGAUGCGAUCCAAGGCGGGGGCGUCGUGUUCCAACUGCGGCAGCUCUUCUUGCAGCGUGUCUGGCACCGCGCUUCUCCCCGCGCUCGUCAGUCUCUUUGGCCGCAACUACCUCUCCGCACUCGCUUCCGCCUCCGACUUCCCCUCCGCGCUCAAGAAGUUCCCCCCUCGCCCCGCCGACCUCCCCGCUUCCGCGGGCUCCUCUCGCCAAGCCUGCACCACCGCGGCUGGCGCCGCAACCGCCGCUCCGCCAAGCCAAGACGAGGUCGCGCGACUCCUGGUGCAGGUGGCGGCGGGAAACGCGGACUCCGCGGCGGUGGUGAUGCAGGUGAGCGCGGAAGGAGCGGCGGAAGCGGAGCUGCUUAUAUCGAACGGCGCCACGGCGUCUCUUACCCGUGCACUGGAAAGUGGCAGCAGCGGCGGUGGGAAGAGUAGGUUAACAGCUCUGGUGGUAGCUACGGCUCUUAAUCUCUGCCUCCUCAGCGAACGCGCGGCGCCGCGUUUCAGCGAGGAGGGGCUGGUGAUGCUGCUAGUUAAUAUUCUGCGACAAGUGGAACCCUCGGCAUCCACGUCAUUCCCGCUCCUUGCUGACGUGGCAGCGCUCCUCUACUGCCUGCUGCACAGCGAGGCGAGGGUACUCGUGGCGGCAAGUGCGGGCACGGACGUGCUGCUGUGGCAGCUGCUGGUUGCUUCGUCCUCGUCAGCACCACCGUCGAACGGGGACGAACCGCCACGUGCCAGUGCGCGUGCGGCCGCGGCGCUUGCGCUGCUGCGCCUCUCGCAGGUGCCGGAAGUGGCGGCGCAACUGGUGGAGCGAAACGCUGUUGCCCAAAUCUCCUCCAUGCUGCUUUCCGGGCAGGCGAAGGGGCAGGUCGAGCUUUCCGCACUGCUGGCGAGUUUGACACGCUCAGAGGAGGGAGUAUUGGCUUUUUGCACUGUAGAUAAUGCCAAUGGCGCGCGCGCGCUGCUACAGCUCCUACAGCCGGAGAAGGAGCAGGGGAAGGCACUGACUCUGGAGCAGCAGCUUGGCAUGAUGAUUCUAAAGAACGUGCUUGCAAAGGGAAACAUGACUUAUUCAAGGUGCAGGCUCUGCUGUCUUCGUUGCGCAACUGCUCGUAAAGCGACUCAACUCGCCGCCGUAUUGCUGCGCGUGCCUUCACAGGCAUGCGUGCGAAUACAUCAAGAUCCAUGUGCGCAGCAGCAGAAGGCUGGGAUGCAAGCAAUGAUUCAUUGA